UAAUUAAUUGCAUAAAAACGAGAGGCAACAAGGGACAGAAGACAUUCUAAUAAAAUUAUAAAAAGCUCAGAGUCUUGGUGAACCUGCGAGUUUGUUCGUUUGCAGAGGACGACUAGAGGAGCGUUCGUUCGUACGCUGAAGAGCAAUGAUCCAUUAAAUAUUAGCAAGAAUUAGGGCAUAAUCGUCGGGAAUUAAGAAUUGAAUUUCCGACGAAGGAAAGAGAGCGAUGUCGACACCGGCCAGGAAGAGGUUGAUGAGGGAUUUCAAGAGGUUGCAGCAAGAUCCACCUGCGGGGAUCAGUGGAGCUCCUCAGGAUAAUAACAUUAUGUUAUGGAAUGCUGUGAUUUUUGGACCUGAUGAUACACCUUGGGAUGGAGGUACGUUUAAAUUGACGUUGCAGUUCACUGAGGAUUACCCUAAUAAGCCUCCAACUGUUCGAUUUGUUUCACGGAUGUUUCAUCCAAACAUUUAUGCGGACGGAAGUAUUUGCUUGGAUAUUUUGCAGAAUCAGUGGAGUCCUAUUUAUGAUGUUGCAGCUAUAUUGACUUCUAUUCAGUCCCUGCUGUGUGACCCAAACCCAAAUUCACCUGCAAAUUCUGAGGCAGCUCGUAUGUUCAGCGAGAACAAGCGGGAAUACAACAGAAGAGUGCGUGAAAUAGUGGAGCAGAGCUGGACAGCUGACUGAAAGGCAAAAAAAAAGAAAAGGAAAAAACCACUCACCUCUGUUAUGCUUUUGAAAAAAGACUUAUGUUGGGGGUGUGUGUUUGCAGUGGAACUAGUGUUUGACCAGACUUCAGUCAAAUGGUCACAUAUGACCUACUUAAUAUGCAUACUUACAUUGUCCUCGGAGGAGACUAUUGUUUUCGAAUCUUCUACCUUUAGACUAUGCUUUGCUGGAAUUGUUUGAGAUUUCCCUGUUUUCUCCUGAUUCUCUCCUUUGUAGUUCAUGUAGUAUUAAUCUUUGAUGUAUGUCCCUGUAGCUUGUGUACAGAAAAUAGGUUUUAUUAUUGCUUUGAUGUCAUAGGCGAACCUUUCCCAGUGGGUUAGCUAGCUAGUUCUGUGAGAAUCAGGGAAGAGCUCUUCUAGUGUUAACAUGCUGCGCAUUCUAAACAUCAACUGUUGCUGUUUAAGAGCUCUUUACUUGCUAAAUAGUGGUGUGCUUUUCCCUCUUCGUUUA